AUGAUGAACAAGAGGUUUUCCUUCAACAACCAAUACGGCGUGGUUGUGUGGUACAACGAGAUCGCCAAGCACGUCGUGACCAGGCUCGAGAAGGAUAGCUCAUACAUCUCUAUGAACGGGUCGCAGGUCCGCAGGCAUUUCGGCAAACGGCGGAUGAAGACACUGAUGAAGUGGUGGAAAGGGCAGGUCGACGCCGACAAGAAAGCACGGCGGGAGGAGAGCAAAAGCACUGGCGCGAGCGGGGGGAUGGAUGCGUUCAACGCCAACCCGGCCGUCAACACGAAGCAAGUCCUGAACGAGGGCUUUGACUUAGGCGGCGCUUUCGAGGGCGGCGGAACGAAGAGGACGAGGAUCGCCAGCAGCGGCGGCGGCAAGGCCCUGAACCUUGACGCCGAGGGCGGGGGGGAGAGGAAGAAGAAGAAGAGCAAGAGCCGUGACGGCGGCGGUGGCGGAGGAAGCAGCGGGGGCGGUGCGCCCGUGGACCUGACGGGCGACGCAAGCGCCGGGGGUGGCAAGUACAGGAAGAAGGGCGAGAAGACGAAGCAGAAGGUGACCGGGAGCGGUGACGGCGGUGCGCCGGUGUACCUUACAGGCGAGGCGAGCGCGGGGGGUGGCAAGAAGAAGGAGAGCGGUGGUGGGAAGGGCACGGGGAAGGGCAAAGGAAAAGCGAGGGCGGACGCCAAUGUCGACGGUGGUGGUGACGAGGGUUCGUGGGCGGGGAGCUCCUCCGAAGAGGAAGAGCAGGUCACCGACGUUGCCCUGUCACCGGCGGGUGAAGGGCAGAGCGGGGGAGGGCAGAGCGGGGGGGACGAGUCUUCCGACUCCGAGUCCGAGUCCGACUCUUCCUCGCGCGACGGAGGCGGCCAGAGUAAAUCGAGGAGGAAGUCGAAAAAGUUCUCCCCCCAAGACACUCUGCACGUCUUGGGUAAGAUGAACCAGAAGGCGGCCAAGCAGCGCGAACAUAAUUUCUCGCGGUUCGCGGGUGUAGUCGAGAAGGUCUUGUGCGGGGGCGGAGGCCAGGGUGGGGGCGGGGGAGCGAGCUCGGGCGUCGCGGACCGUGCCGCAGAGCUGGAGAUUGAGAUACGGAAGCUUGCGCUGGACGAGAAGAAGGAGGCAGAAAAGCAGUGGCAGCAAGCGGUUGCGUCGGAGAAGGCUGGUACAGAAGGUGUCACCAAAGCAAUGGUGGCGGCGGCCGCACAGAGGUACUUCAGCCUAACUUAG